GUCCCUAGCCUCUCGCUGUACAAAAUGUAGCUUUCGCAAUUAUCAAUCAUAAACAUUGAAGGCUGCUUUUUCUUUUACUUCAAAAUGGUAAUUGAAAGCGUUAAAUAUUUCACAAACGGCAGUCGCUGUACAGUUUUCAACGCAGACUCUGACGACUACAGAUGUGUCACAAUCAUUGUGGUUAAACGGGUCACUGCUGCAUUUUCUUUAAUAGGCUGCUUUUUCAUGCUCCUUGUAAUAUGGCUGUUUCGAAAAUACAACUCAUUGGCGCAGAAGAUGAUACUGAGCUUGACAGUUGCUGGUGCUUUGGAUAGUGUUGCCUAUCUCAUGGGAGACAUCCGUCCAGAUGGAUCCCUAUGCAAUUUCCAGGCUUGGUGGCUAACAUAUUUUGAUUGGAGUGCUUUGGCUUGGGUUUGUCUUAUUACCCUAAAUCUCUACCUUAACUUGGUGAAAGAAAAGAGAACAGAGAGGCUGGAAAUAUUCUACCAUUUAAUAGCCUGGGGCAUCCCAUUUGUGAUGUCAUGUCUACCCCUUCUCAAAGAUUACUAUGGCCCAGCUGGUGUAUGGUGCUGGAUUACAGAUGAUCAUGUAGCCUGGAGAUUUGGCAUAUGGUAUGUUCCUCUUUUCACCUUAAUUUUCCUGAUGACAUUGUGCUAUCUUCGUAUCAUCUGUGUUGCCAAAGAAAGGGUUUUAUUGUGGUCUGGGACAUAUGACCCAGAAAGAGAAAGGAGAAAGGCAUUGUUAGUGCAAGAGAUCAAACCACUGAAGUGGUACCCUUCGGUGUACUUGCUGGUGUCCCUGUUUCCUCUCAUUAACAGACUCCACAAUGCUUUCUACCCCAGCCAGCCUGUCUUCACAUUGACACUUUUGCAUGUUAUUUCUGCUCCUCUACACGGUCUGGCCAAUGCUUUUGUGUUUGGCUUGGACAAAGACACCUGGAGCCAACUUAGUGUCAACAGCCUGCAGCUGGCUCUUCACUCCCGUUUCUGUGACAGGACUCUGAUAAAGGAGUACCGACCUGGGUCAGUGCGCUACAUGCCCCGGGCUGAAGGAGAUUCCUCAGAUUCAGGAGACGACGAUACUGCUGUGCUCUUCUACUCCCCAGCGAUGACUCUUAAGGACAGGGGGCCGUGAUGCGUGAUUGGUGGCACCGCUCCACCAGCGAGAGUGCGAGCUGCCUGUGUGAGGCGGAGAGGACAGCCUGGGAGACACUGGAGACGAGCUGUCAGCCUUCAUUAUUAAUUCCCAGCUCUUAAUAUUUAAUGUCAGAGAACUGCAGCCCCCCAUGCCGCUGCAGAGUCAUCAGACAUUCAGAGGACAUAUCAAGCUGAGUUCCGGAGGCGGGAGGCGGAGGGUGGGGGUGGGUUUGGCUAGAUUGGAACAGAGCGAUUGCGAGCAAACGAGAGGGAGUGUGAAGGCCGGGACUUGCUGGCUUCUGGAUGAGGGACGCUUGACCUGUUCCUGUGUGGGUAUUCAGUAUUUUUCAGACACAUUGUUUAAGACCCUGAAACGUGCAAUAAGAAUUUUUUGUGGUCAAAGAUUUAAAAAUACAUUUUGAGCAUUUAUCAGUAUGAAAAGAAGCAAACACAUGAAGCAUGCUUCCUAAUUAUUUGUGAUACCUUUUUUAAUGGUGGUAGUUGCAUUUUCGAAUGGCUUGUCCUUCAGAUAACUGCUGAAUUUUGAGAGCGUGCUUAAUCUUCUAACAAGUCCACGUUUUUUUUCUUCCUAUCCUUCUAUUGUUGGUUCUUGUUCCCCUUGCAGUGCUGGAUAAGUCAAAGAAAUCAAAUCUUUCUAAUUACACCUCCUGACCCCUCUUUUCUGGAUGGAUUUCAGGUGCUCAGCACUAACAGUCCAUCCAGUGCAGACAAUGAUCUUCCAAAUUUUUUAGCCUCUGCUAUUUGUGAGCUUGUUAAAUUCACAAACAACAGUUACGCAUACUGAUUCAUCUUGUAUCUGUCAGCAAGGGCGUUGACCCACAGCGGCCUGACCUGAUUUUUACCCUGAAGCUUCAUUUUCAAACUUGUCUUUGCUACACUGGUCAUCAAUGUUUAGUAUGCUAGCCAUAUGAAUUCUGUGAAAUAAAGACUGUGGGCAACACCACACUUGGUACUAUCAUUGGUUGUAUAUUGUGGCAGCUUAGAAUUAGAGAGAUGGCCAGCACACUAUCUACCACAAAGGUAAGUUCUAAAAGCUCAUAACGGUAAAGGAAAUUAAUUUUUAAAAAAUCCACUAGCCGAUACAAAACUGCAGCGUAAAUGAAGGCAAGUGGUUCAUCUACAGAAGCCACCUCUUUGGCCUCACACCUCAUUGCAUUCUUAAUUUACACUUAACACUUUCACGUGUCAGUCCAUUACUCACUAGGAGAGAACUGAUUGAGUUUAAAUAGUCUGAACGUGUCUGCUUGUGCUUCUUCCAGAACUUUGCUGCAGAUUCUCAGGAGAGCUCACUUUUUCACACGUUGCUUUUCCAUAUCUGAAUUGAAAUGUCCAUGAAAAAAGAUAAUCAAUACCAAUACCACGGAUGACAAAGCGUGUUGUUUUUACAAUGUCAUUCAAAUUACCACUUUCAUUGAUGCAUUCAUGAAAUCUGAACCAUGUAUGAGUAAAUAUUCUUGAUUUCAAAUCUCCCAGAUAUUUUCAAGUAAUUUCUAAGAUCUGCCUGAAUUGCAUCAUUUAAACUAGUAUUGCCAAACUCGAAUCCUCAAGUUAAAUAUACUUUUAUUUGUUAAUGCAGGAAGAACAUUUCAGUCCAGCAGCCGUAGCAUUUUCCAUGUUGCUUUGUCUUCCAACUUCCAUUAGUUAAUGUAUUACUUUUUAUAUAACACAAUGAAAUAAUAAAGUUUAGAAUAUCUGAAAAAUGUUAAUUUCCUUCUUUUUCAAAAAUGUCAACAGCUUUUAAUAUCUGGGUCAUAUCAUAUCAUAUGUUUCUGGACUGGCACUUAAAGCUACUUGUGGGGAUUACUAUGCACACGGUUAGGACAUUCAAAUAGAAAUUUUUACUUAAUUUAUUGAUGUCGACAUACACUGCACCUCCAACUCUGUGUUUUCUCUAUAUAUUUUUAAUUUGUCUAUUCAUUUCCAGAGUUCAUGUUUCUGGUACAGAGUCAAGGAGAGAGUGUGUCUAUAUCAGGCUGUAAGGCCAGAAUGAGCCCUGGACAGGACAAUAAACCAUCACAGGCAGGCCAUACUCACGUCACUUAUUCUUGGCUGAGAGCCACAAAUCAGCCCGACUGCAUGUCUUUGAACAGCACUGAGAGAACAAGUGGCCCCAAGGAAUAUGCAGAACACAGGGAGACCAAUGCAACACCUCUCUCUGCCCUGGACUGUUAAGGUCAUUUGUUUCUGCAAUAAAACUCUCUGUUCAUCCAUUUUCUAUUCUGGUUUACCCAUAUCAACAAUUGCAGAGAGUCUAUCCUGGCAACAUUAGGCAAAAAGAAAUGACAAACCUUGGGCAAGAUUUCAGAGCACACUCAUACAGACAACUACACUAGGCCAGACUAAAUUCACGAGUUAAAAUAACACUUUGGGAGAAAAAGCUCCCCAGACAUAAAAAAAGACAUGCAUACUCCACACAGUGCCAGAUUUAAAUCCAAUCUCAUGGAGCUGAAUACUCAACAAAAAAUGCAAAUAUAAGACAAUGUGUACAGCUAAUAACAAUGCAUUGUUUCUCCAAUUAUAAAAAGUGAAGGCAAACUCCUUUAAAAGUAAAGAUUUCACUGGUAAAAUGCCUAAGAUCAUCAGACCUGAGGAUUUCUUUUUCCUUUUAACAUGCUUAGAUACAAUGAAUAACUUACUGUGAACCAUAAUUCUAACUCGAUAAAAAAUUCACCUUGA